GCAGAGCAUGCGUGCUGUGCGGUGCGCGCGUGCGCAGUGUUCCCGGACGGUGCCUGUCUGAAGUAAACGGGGUCCCGCGUGGGAAUUCGCGCCUGGAGUCUCACAGCCGAUGACCUGAGGUGAUGAGAAGGUUUCUGUUACUGUAUGCUACACAGCGAGGACAGGCAAAGGCCAUAGCAGAAGAAAUAAGUGAGCAGGCUGUGUCACACGGAUUUUCUGCAGAUCUCCACUGUAUCAGCGAGUCGGAAAAGUAUGAUCUGAAGACAGAAACCGACCCUCUGGUGAUGGUUGUGUCCACCACGGGUACAGGAGAACCACCUGACACAGCCCGAAAGUUUGUUAAAGAAAUACACAACAAGACACUACCCACAGACUUUUUUGCUCACCUGCGGUAUGGAUUAUUGGGUUUGGGUGACUCAGAGUACACAUACUUCUGCAACGGAGGGAAAGUGAUUGACAAACGACUUCAAGAGCUUGGAGCCCAGCACUUCUAUGACACUGGGCAUGCUGACGACUGCAUAGGUUUAGAGCUCGUGGUAGAGCCGUGGAUUGAUGGACUCUGGGCUGCUCUCACAAAGCACUGUAAGUCACUCGGAGGACAAGAAGACAUGAGGAGUGCCCUCCCUCAGACACCAGAUGCCCCCUUGAGCGUGGCCGUGAAGCCGGAGUUGUUGCACAUCCAGUCACAAGUUGAACUUCUGAGAUUAGAGGACGUGGGGCAAAGGGAUUCCAAGCCUCAGGGACAAAAUGAGACAAACAGGAGUCAACCGGGUCAGACCGAAGACUUGGACCCCUCGCUUGUCCGCUCGGUUCCCCCACUCUCCCAGAGCUCUCUGAGUGUUCCUGCUGUGCCCCCAGAAUAUCUAGAGGUCCAUCUUGAGGAGUCUCUUGGCCAGGAGGAAAACCAAGCAUCUGUGCCAUCAGUGGAUCCAAUUUUUCAAGUUCCAAUUUCAAAAGCUGUUCAGCUGACGACAAAUGAUGCCAUAAAGACCACUCUACUGUUGGAACUGGACAUUUCAAAAAUAGAGUUUCCCCAUCAACCUGGAGAUUCCUUUAACGUGAUCUGUCCGAACAGUGGUGCUGAGGUAGAAAACCUGCUCCAAAGGCUGCAGCUGACUGAUAAGCGAGCGCACCGCGUCAUCUUGAAAAUUAAGACGGACACGAAGAAGAAAGGAGCCGCCCUGCCCCAGCAUGUGCCUGAGGGGAGUUCUCUCCAGUUUAUCCUCACCUGGUGUCUUGAAAUACGAGCAGUUCCUAAAAAGGCGUUCGUACGGGCCCUCGCGGACCACACGAGCAGUGCCGCUGAGAAGCGGAGGCUGCAGGAGCUGUGCAGUAAGCAGGGAGCUGCCGACUACAACCGCUUCAUCCGAGAUGCCCGCGUCUGCCUGCUAGACCUCCUGCACGCCUUCCCGUCCUGCCAGCCUCCCCUCAGCCUCCUGCUGGAGCACCUUCCUAAACUCCAGCCUCGGCCGUACUCGUGUGCAAGCUCCAGCUUGCUCCAUCCAGACAAGCUUCGCUUCGUGUUUAACGUCGUGGAGUUUCCUCCGAGCCCCACGGCGGCCUCACCUCGGCGAGGCGUGUGCACGGGCUGGCUGGCCACACUGGCUGCCCCAUUGCUUCAGCAAAGCACAGAAGUUUCGCAUGCAGACAGCGGAGGCGCACUGGCUCCCAAGAUAUGUAUCUCACCUCGGGCAACAAAUUGUUUCCACUUACCGGAUGACCCGUCGGCCCCCAUCCUGAUGGUGGGUCCCGGAGCCGGCGUGGCUCCCUUCAUUGGCUUCCUCCAGCACAGAGAAAAACUCCAAGAACUCCACCCAGAUGGAAAUUUCGGAGCAGUGUGGCUGUUUUUUGGCUGCAGACAUAAGGACAGAGACUAUCUGUUCAGGGAGGAGCUCCGGCAUUUCCUCAAGGCUGGGGUCCUGACUCACCUGAAGGUCUCCUUCUCAAGAGACGCUGCACCUGAGGAGGAGGAGGCCCCAGCAAAGUAUGUACAAGACAACCUCCAGCGCCACAGCCAGCAGGUGGCUAGGACCCUCCUUCAGGAGGAUGGCUACAUUUACGUGUGUGGAGACGCCAAGAACAUGGCUAAGGAUGUGCACGACACCCUUGUGGAAAUCAUAAGCAAAGAAGCGGGAGUGGACAGACUAGAAGCAGUGAAGAUACUGGCUACGCUAAAGCAAGGGAAUCGGUACCUGCAGGACGUCUGGUCGUGAGGCCGGAAGGGGACACUUGGGGCUGGUUUGUGUUUAUAUUUGUUUUUUCUUGAAGUGCCAAAGGACAGGUUUACAGAAGACGAGUUUAAAAGUUUUUGGGCCUUUCUUGGAGGAGGCUGUGUGGGGACCAGCUUGCUGCAGGUACAGCAGGUAGAGCCACCUGACAGGCUCACAGGUUGUCUCCCAAGCCUUUCUGUGGCCCCGCCCAGCACCUCACUGCUGGAGGGGAAGAGGCCGCUCCCACCCGGCACCCCACUGCACACAGGCUCCCCAAGGGGACAGACCGUCGAUGGCUCACCUGUGCUGGGCACACCUUGGAGAGCUUGUGGACACAUUAUCUCUCAAUGAGUUAUAUGCAAAGGAUAUUCACACUGGUGAUAUUUAAAUUAACACAAACGUGCAAAGCAUACUUUUGCAUGUCUUUAUUUAAUUGUGAUUUAUUAUCAAAAUUAUAUUUCUGAUAAAAUAUUUUAAUUUUGAGGUAAUCCUUACAAAAUAAUGGUUUUUAUGCUACUAGAAAUAUAUUUUGACAUACAUUUGAAAUUGUACUCUGCCGCUUCCAUCAUGGUAACUUUUAGUGUCGCAGUCCUACAGUGUAGUGGCGUUGCAUCCCCUGCCGAGGGCAUCGCCAUGUGUGAUGUAGUGUCACCCCUGUGCUUCACGGACUCCAUCCAUGUCUGCUCCUCACUAGUAGGCUUGGUUUUCACCAGUACCUGACCAUCCUUCUGUGAUCAGCUCAGAUUAGAGAACUCCAGUUACACUUCUAAUGCCAAAUUCUCUUGUAAGUUAUGAAAAUAAAUUGUAUAAAAGGA